AUGGGAGAACCGCCCAUCUUCACGACCCGAGCGCAAGUCUUUCAGAUUGACCCCAGAACCAAGAUGAUCUGGGUGCCUCUGAGCCGACAGGCAGUGGCCGUUUCCUAUUUCUACGAUGCCACAAGGAACAGCUAUCGGAUCAUCAGUGUGGACGGAGACAGGGUGAUCAUACACAGCACGAUCACAACGAACAUGUCCUUCACCAAAACGUCGCAGAGGUUUGGGCAGUGGGCGGACCGCAAAGCCAACACAAUGUUUGGGCUGGGGUUUUCUUCUGAUCAGCAGCUGACGAAGUUUGCAGAGAAAUUCCAAGAGGUCAAAGAAGCUACCAAACUAGCCAGAGAAAAAUCCCGGGAGCAACUGGGGACCUCGAAUAAUCAUUCCCGAGCAUCCAGGGCGGAUGGGGCGGGCGAGGGAAUGGCCCCUCCCGCAGAUCCCGCCGACACCCGCCUCAAGGCGGAGGAGAAGCCGAAGGCUGCUGUGACUCCGAGUGCCGCGCAGCUGGGGAAGUGGGAGCUGGAGCUGCAGACCCUGCGCGACAGCAACGCGCAGCUGAGCUCGGCGCUGCAGGACUCGGCGGCCAGCGUGGAGCAGUGGAAGAAGCAGGUCUGCGCCUGCAGGGAGGAGAACGAGCGGCUGCGCCAGCGGAUCGAGGAGCUGGAAGAGCAGCGCCGCGAGACGGACGGGGAGCUGGAGGGCGCCACCCAGCUGAAGAGGACAAUUGAGGCGCUGGAGUACAAACUCCGGGCGAAGGAGACAGAGGUGAAAGAUCUCCGGGAACAAACCGAAGCCCUCCCUCAGCUCAGAUGGGAGUGUGACCGUGUCUCUGAGGAGCUGGGGGCAGCGGAGAGAGGCGAUCACAACUUGGAAGGCGAAGUGCGGUGCCUGAGGGUGGACCUUUCCAAGAGCAAGCGCAGGCGGCGUCCCCUGAGGUCUGACCUGAAGAGCUUCCUGAGCCGGCUGGACAGAAAGAUCGAUGACCUCCGUGAAAUCAGCCAAGGCCUCGCCGAGCUGGGCACCGACGAGGACUAG